AGCAGCUGUCAACUUACUGCACAAAAAAAAAUCAGUUCUCCUAUUUAGGUUGUACUGUGUAUCCACGUAAAAUCAAUUAAUAUUUGAGCGUUUGUUACGGAGUGUGUGUUACUAAGGAAAUCUAAUAAUCCUGUGUAACUAAGCGCCACAGUUGUAGUCGUAGUAAUACUGUUAGGAUUAAAGUUUAUUGUACAAACAAAAACGCACAAUGGCACUGGCCCUUGAAAACACAAAAAUCUUAGAAUUUUUGGAACUAGUCGGUCGUUUGAAGCAUGUGAAGAGGACUGGGUGGGUGAUUUGUGACAUAAAUGAGUGCGAGUCUAUUGCUGGCCAUAUGUACCGCAUGGGUCUAAUGACCUUCUUGCUCACAGACGAAAACAACCCUACUAAUCUUGAUAGAUUCAGGUGUCUGCAAAUAGCUCUUGUCCAUGACCUAGCGGAGUGCAUUGUAGGAGAUCUCACACCGCACUGUGGUGUAUCACCAGAGGAGAAGCAUCGGCGCGAGGACGAGGCUAUGCAGAAGAUUGCAGAACUCACUGGCAUAGCUGGUGACAGGAUGUAUGAUUUAUACAAAGAAUACGAGAACCAAACAUCACCAGAGGCUAAAUUUGCUAAAGACUUAGACCGCUACGACAUGAUAUUGCAAGCCUUCGAAUAUGAGAAGCGUGAAAAUACGCCGAAGAAACUGGAAGAGUUCUUCACUGCUACUGAAGGGAAGUUUGACCACCCAUUCAUCAAAGGAUUGGUCACGGAACUUUAUAGACAAAGAGAGGAGUUUGAAAAGAAAUGCCUAACAAAUGGCCAUGCAUAAUAACAAACUUCUCUUCCAUGCUUAUAGAUUGUUAUUAAUUCAACAACGCUAGCAUUGUUACCUAGCCAAGCUAGUUAGUAUUAUAUUUAAUUGCACAGAGUGAACGGAACAUAAUUCAAUGUGUUAAAUAAAUAUGCACUUCAGCAGACACUGAUAUUGUAACUGAUUUAUAUGUAACAAAUGUACCUAGUAAGUGCUAGUGCCAUAUACAAUACAUAUAUAGUUAUCGGCACGGAUAUUGAGCUCUCGGCGAAAGAGUGGGGAUCGCUUUGCGCACUGUACACUCAAGGCAAUAAACCAAUAAAUCACUUCUGCGCGGUGAAGGUGAAGUUCAGGGCUCAAUAUCCUUGCCGAUGAUUAUACCAGUUUACUUCUACUGUGAUAGAUAACCCCACCACCCCAUUUUGAAGUGCAUAUUUUUGGGAAAAUUAUUUACCUAACAAACUGGUAUUAAAUACUUUUGUUUAGAUUUAAUUUUUGUAUGGGAUUUAGUGCAACAUGUCUCGAAACAUAAUAAUAAAAAUAGAAGUAGGUACUUGUAAAAAGAUUACUUUUGGUGAUAAUUAUUUAUAAUUAAAACUUACAAUUUUACAAGUAUUCUUUUUGUUAGUGUGUGUAAGGUGUAGCCAUUUUUGAUUCACUCAUGAUUCAUUUUUAUUUACAUGCUGUUACCAAAUUAAAACUUAUUUUUGAAUCUUUAAGACGUAAUAUUAUAAGUGAUUUAUUUUAUUCCAUUACAUAAUUCUAAGUACACAACAUUUAGUAAGUGUGGCAUAACAUGAUACGAAUAUGUGUAAUCGUUGUAUGGCGUAAUGAUGGCGUAGGUACUAUAAGUUUUACGUACCUAUAACAUACGAAGUUGAAUUCCAUUUAACCUUUUCACCGCCACGCCAUAUCGGUAUUCCUAUGCCCUGUACGCCAAGCCCGAAAAUCUUAAUUAAAUAUCUACUAAAAAAUACAUAAAAGUAAUGAUUUAAUAGGUUUAUUUUGUAUUUUUCUGCGACCUGUUUUUUGUCGAGUAUAGCCGUCGUUGGCGCACAGGGCACGCUUGCUCAUGUCGGCUAUAGCCGACAUUGGCGUUCAAAAGGUUAAAAUGACCUACCAGUUGAUUAGUUAUACGCCAAAUAUCAUUCCGACUAGUCACUACGACAAAACCAUUUUAUAUAUUUGUGAUUGUUCUGAAACUUUCAUAUCACCUUGUAAUAUUUAAAUCUUACAUUGCAAAAGCCCAGCAAAGUACUGAUGUAAUUAGUACUUAAUAUAACUGCUUGCUUACCUCCUUACUAUUGAGGCAUUAACUUAUUACCUUCUUUUGUCAACCAAAGCCCCAUCCUUACCUAUUUUUUUUUCAUAUGAAACUAAGUAAGCGGGUUAGUAUCCCAAGUCAUGUGUAUGUGUGUGUGAUACCUAGUGAUUUUGUUUUCCUAAUAAUCUCUAAAAAUAAUUUUUAAAAUGUUCCGUAGCCAAUCUACAAUACACGAUUUUUACGA